CGUACACACGCAUUCCUCUCCUUUGUCGUUGCGUCGUUGGUGCGUAACGAGCGUGCGUCAGGAUUCAGCGUUUGGCUCAUUCUCGAGGUGUGGCGAUGGAUUCACGGAUUGCUCUCGCUGCUCUCCUGCUUCUCUUCGGUUUGGCGACAGUUGUCGCUCAGUCUUCCUCAACUGGCAAAGUGUGUGAAGCGAACAACGGGACAAGCUGCGAGGAAUGUCUGAGCAAUGUGACGUGCUUGUGGUGUCUCACAACCAAGGCGUGUGUCACGUAUCCAGGGAGGACCAUCCUUCCACCCCAUUCCCUCUGUCCACUGAAUGAAGCCCGCUGGGGGCUCUGCUGGAUGAACUUCCAGACGUUGAUAAUCACCUUGGCAGUGCUCGGUGGAAUUAUCAUCAUCGCCUUCCUGGUCUGCCUGUUCUGCUGCUGCAAGUGUGAGAACUUUGGAUCCAAGAGGUUGGAGGCCAAGAUCCAGAAACAGGUCAAUAAGACAAAAACCAAGCAGGAAGAAAGGAAAACAGAAAUGAAACAGAGACAUGAAGAAAUCCGGAAGAAAUAUGGUCUAAGUGGGCAAAAUCCGUAUUCCAAAUUUGCAUGAGAGGAUCUGUGAACUGAGAUUUACACCACGACCCUUCGGUUUUUCCCUGAACUCUGAACUCUCACUCAACCAUCCAUCACCAACCCGUCUAGUGGUUGUGAAAAGGAAAUGUGUCAAUUAAUGUAAACUAUAACUUAAGACAAUUUCAGAAAGGUGACAGUAGUUUGGUUAAGGCAGUCUUGUGUGGCUUCUUCCAGCCAACAGGAAUGGUGUAUUUAAUGUGAUGACAUAAGAGGCUGUAUCCAAAGGCUAGAAUAGACACUACACUAUAAUAAUCUAUCCUGUGGCUCAUAUAGCAUCAGUCUACUUGCUAUUUAUUAGAUUAACUCUUAAGGUCAAUUGUACAGAAUAGAAAGAAUCCAGUUUGGUUGCUGAAUAAUUCUUAAUUCUUUCUGCAUAUCGUCGUUGUGGGGCAGAAACCUCCUAUCUCCAUGUUUCAUCAUUUUAAUUUCUUUUCAUAAAUCAGUGCUAUUGGCCUUUUUUCGUCUGUAGGUUUCACAAAUAUUUAAACAGUGAUGAGGCGAUUUUGUCUGACUUUUUAUUUAGCCUAUUUCAUUUACUGAAAAGAAACAGGUUUGGACAUACACUGUUUUCGCCCGAGAGCGACAAUAUGCAAAUUUUCAGAUAUCAUCUGUUUUGCUCCUUUGUGUUGAUGAUGAUUUAGAGAUAUACUUAAUAAACGAUAACAUAUUUUUGUACUUUGUGUGAUUUUAAAUUGACAUAUUCCUAUUCUGAAUGUAGGAGGCCAUGUUUAUUGCUGUAUUCCACUGACAGAAAUUGUUUUUAAGGUAUUAUGUUUGGUCAAAAUUAAAUCUUCACCCUUGCAUCCAGAAUUUGUAAAGUAAUCAUUAACUUAAGUUGAAUGUCUGCCUAAUUUGACCUGUUUACCUGUAUAUCCUGUAUAAAAACAAAAGCCCAAUAAAAGAUUUUGGAUUCAUAA